CUUCCAUGCCGUGCCCGGAAAGCAGACGGAGUAGUUCGGCUCGGAGUCGGCAUCAAGACUGGGGUCCUGAGGGUUUUUGUGAAGGACCCCACGAGCUCGGACCUUCAGAAUGGGAAGAUGAAUUUGGUUCCUUGCCUUACCGUCCGGGACCACCUGGCUUCAGAGGCAUGGAAAGGGGGCCAUUCCCGUCCGGGGAAUAUCCUGGUGAAAAUAUGCGCGAUCCUGACCUAGGCGGCUACGACGAAAGACCUCCAAAGAGUUCCAGUCGCGACCGCGGUUACCCCUGCCCCCGCGAAUUCCAAGAACGUGGGAGAGAAAUGUCGGGUAUCCCACCUUACGAGGACCACCCGCCCCAUUCCCCAGGUUCGGGACGUCGCCCUUUCACAGAGGGCUAUUCAGAAGGGCAAGGCCCACCACGGUUUUCUUCAUACCAACAACCACUGCCCGGUCCCAUGGGCCAGGAAGAGCGCAGACCCUUUCAAGGCGUCGGUCCUCGUGACGUCGGUUUGAAACAUGACGUCCCGCCGUUCGACAAACGACCGAUGAUGCCACUCAAAGAUGAAGCGCGCCCUCCGCUGCCAAAUCAUCCGAAAGGCAUGGCAACGGAGCAAGCUGCUGAGAGUGGCUACAGAAAUAUUCACGCAAAUCCUGAGAAUCCGUGGCCUAACCUUCGCACCACUGGCUGCAGAGACCAGCCUGCUGCCUCGGGUUACAGUGGAUCAUCAUUGGGCAAGGAAAGGUUACCUGGGGGGCCGGAAAAAGCUAUGGGUGGUAUUCAGGCCCGGUCAGCUCCGCUCGCUCCUCCCCCGCAGCCCCCUUUUCCAGCGUUCUCUGGGCGACCAUCCUCAAGCGUGGAUAUGUCGCAACAAUGUCACCGAACACCCCCGGCCGCUUCAAGGUGCGACGGCCCACCAGGCGCUAGAGGGCCGCCGGAACCACGGCCGUUGCAUGCAGAUAAGUUUAGAAGUGAAAGUGCAGCGCCUCUUCCUGGUUCCAACGGAGAAAUGCAGCCGCGUUCUGCGGUUACUCCAUCUGGAAAUGGCGUUUCACAAACGCCAGGAAUUCCGCACACUCAGCCUGCUGCAACCGACAAGUACCCACAGCGAGCUCAGGUUGCUCCGUGCGUAACCGGCACACCGCAACCACCACAAUCUAAAGACACUCAGUCAGUUACAGCCGACCAACAGCGUCAGCACUCUCCGGCUGCUCCACGCGCAGGAAGCGUCUCACAAGCACCGCAAAGUGGACACCUUCCGCCUGUCACAGCCGACCAGCAACGGCAGCAACAGACAGUUACUACAUGUGCAAGUGACGUCUCACAAGCCGCACAAAGCGCAAACCUUCCGCCUGUUAAAGCUGAACAACAGCGCCAGCGUCCUCCAUUAGCUCCAUUAUCAAGCAGCGUCUCACAGACCACACAAAGUUUACAGCUACCAGCUGCUCAAGCUGACCUACAGUGGCAGCGUCCUGCUGUUACUGCAUCUGCAACCAGCGUUCCAGAAACAGCACAAGGCACACCUCAUACGCCUGUUAAAGCCGACCAACAGCGGCAGCGGCCCCCGGUAACUUCAUCUGUGAGCAGCGUUGCAGAAACAGCGGCUGCAGCGCCUGACUCUGCAAUGCAAAAGUCCCCUUCGGCGCCUGAAAGCAAAGAUGAACCGCCUGCCUCAUCGACAGCGUCGCAUAGUCCUGUAGAGGAGCGACCAGGCGGCAUCGAAGACCGCAAAGGACAGCGUCCUAUCAGCUUUCCGCUUCCGAAAGGCAAAUUGGAACAACUAGCAAGUCAAGUAUUGCGUCCAAAUCCUUUAGAAAAAGGACCACGAGCUCCAACCAUCGGAUCGAUUCAAAGUCAAGUGAGCACCCAAAGUAGUAACGAGAAACAGUUAUCUGGUUCUUCGGAUAAACAGCGUCCCGUACUUUCGCAAGGGUCCUCCGGGACCAAGCAGAGUAAGGGGCCCACUGCUUCGCUCGCAUCUCAGCAGCCUACUGCAAACACUUCUACUACGGCUUCAGCCCAGCAGCCAAUUCCGGCACCCCCAUUGCCGCCGUCACAGCUCACGUCACAAACGUUCUUCACGACCGGUCAGCUAGCACAAGCAUCCACUGGCAACCCGGCGCCGGGCAGCUUGAGCACGCCCGGAACGACCGAAGUGCGGCCUCCGAUGAUGACCGCCUACCCGCAGCAGUUCUUCCCUAUGACUUACAUGCCUAUUCCUUUUGCGCAAGAACGCUACAUGACGCCUCCUCAACAGUCAUUAUCAGGUUCAACUCCUCCUGGCAGUUAUGGCUAUCAACAGAAGCAAGCCACUGCCCUUGAGACAAAGCACCACCCUCCACUAUCUUCACCGUUCCUCAACACAGCAGCAGGCCAGCUCCCGGCCAGCGUACCAGGACCAGUGCCGUCUACUCCAACUCCGAGCUACUUCACUACGCCUCAGGACCCAGUCGUAACGGACGUUCAAGAACCAACAGCUAGCCCUCUGCCACUCCGUGCCCAAGUGCAUUCCACUUCCGCGGGUCAGGGCCAGCCCCGACUUCCCACUGCCGGUCAGCAGAAAAUAGCUGAGAAGGGAAUGCCCCCUCAGCGAGAAGAACAAGGAGUCACCAAGGGGGGACAACCACCGGUGUGUGACCCUAAACAAGAUCGACCUGGAGGAGAUGACUUAAGCAAUACAAAAGACGCAGCAUGUAAAUCGGUUCCUAAGUUAUCCACAUCCAAUAUCAAAAAGUGCAGCUCGGACGUUGAAAUGAUUGAUGCCGAUGAAGACAAUACCGGUACACGUGGGAAAGAGGAUGCGAAAGUCGCUAUAGGAGGCACAGUGCAGCCGUCUAAGACGCUUACGGUUGACCAAAGCGUGACGAAAGAUGACACAGCUCAAAAAGCCCCGCUUAAUAAACAGGUCAUUCAGAGUAAAAACGAGACUGCUGACGCGGAAAAACGGCGGCCAGAACCGACGAGCAAAGAAAGUGCAUCGACGGCUGGUGAAACGAAGGUUCUUGAAGAUGAGGCGUACCCCAAAAAGCCGGUAUGUUUCAUGAUGCGUGAAUUGGCAUUGAAAAGGCAAGAAGCUUCAAUGAAAGACCAGGACGCUGAACUGAAAGACGCAGAAAAGUUGCCGCAAAGCCAGCAGCCUUUAGCAAAAGAGCCGAAUGCUAAGGCACCGAAGGAGGAGGGUUCGCUAAUGGCAGAAAAAGACGUCCUUUAUGGGCCGCGGCCACCUACUGUCGAAGAGAUCAGCGCGAAAACUAAAAACACUUUGGUCCAUGAUAAGACCAGCAACAUUAAAUCGAGCCCAGGCAAUAAAGCCGCCCUAUACGACCAGGAAGUGUCAUCUUCUACUCCUGAGACCGCAGUCGCAGGGUCUUCCAAGCAGAGUAACGAGAGAGAGCUAGAUACUAGUGGAGUGCCAAGAGGUAGUACUGAGAAGACAGCCGAGGCUGAGUCGAUGCGUCGAGACGACAUGAAGCCCGCGGAAAAGAUAGAGCCUGCGACGAGCAGGAAGAACGAGGACAGCUCGGACGAAAGGUCUGGACACUCGUCCGAGAGGAGUUCGAGGACGAACGAGGACUCGUACCGACGACGCUCCUCGAAAAGACGCCGGACUUACAGUAGCUCCGACGGCAAGUACGAAGACGACGACUCCGACGUGGAGAAUACCAACGAUGGCGUUUGUCUGUCCGGGCGCGGUAACGAAGGUCAGGUCUUCGGCAUUCCGGUCGUCUUCAAGGCCAUAAGUACGACCCGCACCUUCUGGAACAUUCGCGGAGGGCAGGUGGCGCGCGAACUAGAAGAGGUCGUCGGCGACAACGUCGUCAACCAGAAGAUCAACCGCGCGGGCUUCCUCUGCGUCAACGUGGCCACGGCCGCGGACGCCGUCAAGCUCCUCAACCUGAAGAGACUCGGCGGGGCCGAAGUGGAGUCUGUCAUUCCCAGCAUGUACCUGAGGCACGAAGCCAAGAUCCGAGGCGUUCCCUACCACUACACCAACGAAAAGCUGGCUGAGCUCUUCGCGGACGUGGGCGUGCUGAGUGCGAGGCGGCAGCUUACGGUCAAGCGAAUGCACGACGGCACGUACGAGGAGUUCCCGCGUAGCAGCGUCGUGCUCACGUUCAAGCCGGACGCCACGCUUCCCAGGACGCUCGAACUGGACAACGAGAAGUUCAUCGUGGAAGAGUACAUCGAAGCCCCGUUGCAGUGCUUCAAGUGCCUGCGUUUCGGCCACACUUCGCGUGCCUGCGUGUCCGUGAGCAGGUGCAAGAACUGCGGCGCCCGCUACUGCGACGAGGAAUGCGAACGCAGGACCCCCAUGUGCGCCAACUGCUUCGGGCCUCACCAGGCCACAUACGUCGGCUGCCCCAGGCGACGCGAGGUCGCAUUCGCCAGCUUGUGGAAGAGGACCUUCGACUUAAACGCUCUUUGAACUGCUUCUAGUUUUGACGUGCUCAUUUCGAAAGGUGAUCUGACACCUCUUGCACUGUCAAUCGUGAAAGCCUCGAUCAUCGUGCAAAUCAAGACGCGGUCACGGAAGUUUGGCCCACACCUUAACUGUUGAUUUCUUUCGUUCUAAUGAAAAGUGUGCGUGUGGGUCUAAUCACCCAGCGUGAGAUUGUGAUCUCGUUUAGGAACUUCAGUUACGUGCUUCGUGAACUCAAAGUGAACUGAUUGUGUGAAAGUUCUUUUGUCCCAUAUGAUCGCGUAAGACGCGUUAGCAUGUGAACCACCGUGAGAAGCCUGUUGUCGAUGUGCGAUUUCCAGCACUAGGCCACAGCACUGUUCUGGGCCAGGAGAUGUUUUUUUUUCUUUUUUUUUUUUGGUUUCAUAACACCAUACCGUGCAAGCUUUUUUCCACUCUCCUUUACAUUACUACCGCUUGAACCUGUUCGAGAAAUAAAGGUUUGUUUUCUUUUGUCUGAA